AUGAGCUUUGGUUUCAGUCUAGGCGACUUUAUUGCAUUUGUCGACGCGCCGAGUCAAUUCAGGGAUAUUUCCGAUGAAUUUAGAAGCCUCUCAAUUAUCCUUCAAGACGUCGAAGUCCUAUUAGAACGGGAGCUCAACAACGAACAGAAGAAAGAGCUCCAAGAGAUCUCAAACGGUUGUCGAAACGUUCUCGAGAAGCUAGAACACAUACUUGACAAGUAUGGCGAGCUGUAG